UGCGAGGCGCGGCCCCGCCAUGGCGGCGGAGGGGGAGGACCCGCUGGGCUAUUUCGCGGCCUACGGCAGCUCCAGCUCCGACUCGGAGCCCGAAGAGCCGCAGCCCGACGAGCGCCCGGCCGGAGACGGCGCGGCCUCGGGGGGCACCCCGGGGCGGCCGCGGCUGCCGCCGCCCGACGAGCUCUUCCGUCGGGUGUCGCAGCCGCCCGCCUUCCUCUACAACCCUCUCAACAAGGAGAUCGACUGGGAGAGCCGCGUCCUGCGGGCGCCCGAGGAGCCUCCCAGGGAGUUCAAGGUGUGGAGGAGCAACGCCGUGCCCCCGCCGGAGACCUACAGCCCGCCCGAGAAGCCGCCGCCGCCGGCCCCCACCCUCGACAUGGCCAUAAAGUGGUCCAACAUCUACGAGGACAAUGGCGACGACGCGCCCCGCCAGGCCGGCAAAGCCAAGUUCCUGCCGGACGAGGAGCAGGAGCCCCUGGAGUCGGAUGGUGAAAAAGAUGAUGAACCAGCUUCUGCUAAGAAACGUAAAGUAGAGUCUGGAGAACAGGCAAAGAAGAAGAAGAAGAAGGUAUAAGCAGGGUGUUUUGGAUUUAGACAUAAUGAGAAUUUCAAGGAACUUGGAUUCCUCUGCUGGAAUGGGAAACAAAUACGUGUUUACUGCAUUUCUCUCUUGGAUAGGGAAUUUUAUUUCUGUAGUAUGCUUGCCUUUCGGAAAGCACAAAAUUAAAUGGACAGUGUUGUGGUAGAACUUGUUUACUGAACAAAAUUUAAACCUGUUUAUUUGAAACAAGGAUUUAGAUGAAAGAUCCAUUGCCAUGGAUACUUGUGCUCGUGCAGGUUACAGGGCUUCACAGUAUUUUGUUUAUCAAGGACCCUGGUAACAUGCGUUUUUCUGGACUGACUUUUCCAUUGUGUCAAAACCUUUUAUAAAGGAGUAUAUACUAAAGAUUUUUUAGGUACUGUGAUAUGUUCACAUAAUGUUGUUUUUAAAUAUAUGUAUAGAUGCAAAUAGUCACUGGAAUAAAACUACAUUUGAAAACAUCUGUGGUAUAAAUAUUGCAUUGCAUGCUGGGUGAAAUAGGAGCAAUGAAUUCUGUAUUAUAUGCCAUUCACUGAUAUGUGACUUAACAGAUUCCUCAGGGCUUUUUUGUUUAAAUAAAUACAGAACUACAAACUGAAAAAA